AUGGCCAUGCUCAUCUUCCACGACAAGCUCAGUGCUCUCAACGUUGCGGGGCUUUUUGUGGCGACGACGGGCCUUGUCUUGUACUCGUACAUCAAGGCGCGACCGUCGUCAUCGUCGCCGGCCUAUGCGCUCGUGCACCUGGACGACGUCGAUAUCGAAGACGCCAACGAAAUGCACGUCAAGUGAGCACGCUAGUAUACUCUCC